AUGUCUGCUGUUGAGGAGGCCUUUUUGGCUGCAGCGGCCAAUUUAGAACAUGUUCUGCCGUCUCGGCUCGAUGCUACUGCUUCAUUCAUUGAACCCUCAGAUGCAUCAACAGGCACCGCCCACGAUCUACUCUUUCACUUUCCCGGGGAGCCAAGCGAUGGGAAAACGGCUUUCGAAAAGCAAUUUCUAGGAUUUAUACGUCACAUUCAGUUGUUGCAACUCAGUACUCUAGAAACUCAGAUACCCUGCGCGGAACUGGAGAGUGAUUCUUGCCAGUCUGUACUGCCCGUGCCGUAUACCAGGCCGUAUACCAGGCCGCUCAACAGUCGACUGUGUCCUGCGAUGAAAAGAGGAUCUGAAUGGCUGGAUGAAGAUUGGGAUAGUAACCAUAUCAACUGUUGUGCAGGAGAUGUGUUUGCACGCGAUGAUAAUAGUUCAUACAUAAGACGAGCGCUUGGUGAGCAAAAUCAGGAAAUAAAGCUUCCACGAGAGGUUGUUUCAAGUAUUUUCUCCGAAAUACUUCUUCAUCGUGCGGGGGGCAAGAAUGGUCAUCUUGUGGCAGAACUGCAGAAGCAUCGUCAGAUGAACAAAGCGCUUCGGACAGCACUACAGGAUAUCACAAAAUUUAUUAGACAAAUUGCUAAUGGGAAUCUCUCAACAAAGCUUUCAAUUGAUCGGUUGGAAAUGGACACAGACAUCAUCACUUCUAAGAUCACGAGUAAUGUCAUGAUAGAUCAACUGCGAGCUUUGGCUUAUGAGGUGUCCAGGGUUGCAUUGGAGGUAGGAACGGAGGGCCUUCUUGGUGUCCCAGCACAAGUUCCCGGAAUGCACGGCGUAUGGAAGAAGAUUACUGAGAAUAUCAACUCCAUGGUAUUGAAUUUGACAAACCAAAUUCGGGAAAUUACUGCGGUCACGACAGCAGUGGCACACGGUGAUUUGUGUCAAAAGAUCAAAGGGCCCGCAAAAGGUGAAAUAUUUCAACUGCAGGACACCAUCAAUACUACGGUAGACCAAAUCCGUACAAUUGUCACUGAACUGAGCCAGGUCUCCCGUGAUGUCGGAAUUAGAGGGGUUCUUGGCGGACAGGCCCGUAUAUAUGGGUCUCAAGGAAUAUGGAAUGAACUUACUGCCAACGUCAAUAUGAUGGCGGACAACUUGACCUCACAAGUUCGGGCCUUUGGCCAAAUCACUAAUGCCGCCACUGAUGGUGACUUUAGUAAAAUAAUUAAAGUGAGCGCCUCUGGCGGGAUGGACGAGCUGAAGCAAAAAAUAAACAAGAUGACCUCCGACUUGCGUGAUAGAAUCCAGCACAAUAUUGCGGCUAUGGAGGCUGCUGAGCUGGCAAACAAGAGCAAGUCGGAUUUCCUUGCGAAUAUGAGUCAUGAGAUACGAACACCCAUGAACGGCAUUAUUGGCAUGACUCAACUUACUCUUGAUACAGAUGAUCUGGCUCCGCACACCCGAAACAUGCUAAAUGUGGUUCGCAACCUAGGAAACAGUCUCUUAGUGAUCAUUGAUGAUAUCCUCGAUGUCUCUAAAAUCGAAGCAAAUCACAUGGAGAUCGAGGCUGUUCCAUUUAGCCUGGGGCAAGCUAUAUUUAAAGCCCUGAAAACUCUUGUGGCUGCGUGUAGUGAAAGAAGCCUUCGCCUCAUAUACCAUACCAACCACUCAGUGUGUGAUUAUGUGAUUGGGGACGCGUUUCGCCUGCGGCAGGUUAUUCUAAAUCUAAUUCGAAAUGCAAUCAAAUUCACUGAGACUGGAGAGGUUGUGCUUACUGUCAAUGAGACACACUCAACAGCUUGUCCUCCAGGCAAAUGUUCACUCGAGUUUUGCGUUUCGGAUACAGGUAUCGGCAUAGAAAAGAGCAAAUUAGAAUCGAUUUUCGAUACCUUUCAACAAGCGGAUGGCUCUAUGUCGAGACGAUUUGGCGGCACCGGACUGGGCUUAUCAAUAUCCAAGAAGUUGGUCAAAUUGAUGGGAGGAGACAUAUACGUCACGUCCACCAUGGGUGUCGGGAGCAAUUUCCACUUCACAUGCGUAUUUCGAUUGUUGGAUCGAUCUAUCAAGGACAUUGCCAAGGAGCUUACACCAUAUAAGAGCUGUCGAGUGCUGUUCGUCGAAGAACCUGAUAAAUAUACCUGUGGCGAUUCAGAGCACAUCAAGCUGGUUCUACAGGAGUUUGGUCUUGACACUGAUAUUGUGAAUAUUCAAGACUGUACCUCUCAACCAGGAACUCUGGUUCCGCCCAUCACAAUUCCACAUCGGCAAUAUGACGUCUUGAUGGUGCAGACUAUAGAAUCUGUUUCUCACCUGAGGGGCUUGGAUACAAUCAAGUCUCUCCCUGUUGUUCUGGUCUGUCCUGUGGUGUCAGUCGAUAUGGAGUCCGCACUACAUUUAGGCAUAAUAUCCUAUGUGACAACUCCCUGCUGCCCAAUUGAUUUAGUUAACGGAAUCCUCCCUGCUCUAGAAAGCCGACCUUUACGCAAUCACUCAGGAAACUCUCAUCCUUUGUUCAUUCUGCUCGCUGAAGACAACGAGGUAAACCAGCAGGUAGCGCUUAAGAUGAUAGAAAAGUACCAUCAUCAUGUGACUGUAGCUGGAAAUGGUCAAGAGGCCCUGGAUGAGUUUCGGCACCAACAGUACGAUGUAAUCUUAAUGGAUGUUAAAAUGCCUGUCAUGGACGGAUUGGAGUCGACGGUCCAAAUUCGCGAGUACGAGAGAGCCCACGGUCUACGCCACACUCCUAUCAUCGCUCUCACGGCUCAUGCGAUGCUCGGCGACCGGGAAAGGUGCAUUGCAACAGGAAUGGACGACUAUCUCCCCAAACCGCUCAACCAAACAGAGUUGAUGGAAAGUAUCCACAAGCAGGCCACUCUGGGGGGCAACCUAUAA